UAUAACUUUCCUCUUUGAACAAUUUAAUUUCCUUCUUCUUCUUCUUCUUCUUCUUCUUCUUCUUCCCCUCUCUCUCUCUAGAUCUGUGUGUGUGUCUGUGAUUCUCUGCCAUGGAAGAUGAUGGGAUGGCAUGCAACACAAGGCUGAGUCUAGGGCUGGGAAUAGGAGGUUAUGUGAUGCCAUUAAAGAAGAAGCAGAAGUUAGAAGAAGCCAUUAAUAAUCAUCAGAAAGAGUUAUUGAUCAGUUCGAACACCAGAAUCGAUGAUGAAGAAGAUAUUGAAAAGAGCGAUCAUAGGGAUAGUUGCAGAAAGAAACUGAGACUCACGAAGGAGCAGUCCGCCAUGCUUGAAGAUAGCUUUAAGCUUCAUCCCUCUCUCAACCCAGUCCAGAAACAAGAACUUGCUCAGCGAUUGAAUCUGAAGCCAAGACAGAUCGAAGUUUGGUUUCAAAACAGAAGAGCAAGGAAAAAGUUGAAGCAAACGGAAGCAGACUGUGAGUUGCUGAGAAAAUGGUGCGAAAAUCUGAGAAACGAGAACAGAAGGUUGAAGAAAGAAGUGGAGGAACUACGUGCCAUGAAAGUUGAAGCAACUAACAGUAGCAGUAGUAGUGGUAUUGAACUGAUCUCUAGAGCAGCUACGCUGGCUCUGUGUUCCUCUUGUGAGAAACCAUUAAUCAAAUAAAGGGCAUUGAUGAAUGAUCUUCAAGAAGAAGGAGAAGAAGGAGAAGAAGAAGAAGAAGAAGACUGACACAUCAGGAUAGAAGCAUUAUAGUAAUUCUGCUGAACUUAGUGGUCCCAAGAACUGCACAGUAAAGUGGGGUUAGAGAUAGAGCCAUAGAGGGGGGAAUAGUGCCAACCCAUGAUAAAGAUAGGGAUGCUAAUUAGUACAACUUUUUUUAUUUAUUGGAUUUGAUACAUAUAGCAAAUAUAAAUAUAAUUUUAAAUCAUCAACAUUGUUCGCGUUUUGCGCGCGCGCACAAAGUACAAACUAGAAAUUGAUAUAGCAGGCUCCAAAUAAAUUUACAUGUUAGUAUAUGUCAAUAUGCAAGCUGUGGCUGUAGUUAAUUAUUUACUUUUGUUUUGGUCUUUUGCCUUACAGAUCCGUGGGGACAAGGAAUUAUUAUGAAUUAGUUAGUAUCUUCUUUCUUUCUUUUUUUUUAAUUGCUCAC